ACGAUCGUCCGUCAAUCAUCUAACAAAUAUGGCGCCGCCCAUGUACGCAGAUCUGAAACUAGAUUGGAAAGCAAUGCCCGACAACCUUCUUGAACUUGUGGAGACGGCCUUAUCACUCGGGUAUGAACGUAUUGCAUUCAACAAUCACGUGGAAGAGCUCAAGGGUGGGAAAGGCAAAAGGCAAAGAGAAAAGAAUGAAAUUCUCCCAGCUGCUGAGAUCUUGUUAAAUGCGGAGACCUUGAAGGGUUUGCAGGUCAGAGGUCAUCGGUUCGAGCAGUUGUCCCGCGUGACGGCAGUGCUGAGAGACGCCGCCAACACACACCGCAUUAGCGAAGCUGUUCAGUUUGUCCAGCAUUCAGGCCAAAGACGCUGUCAGCCGGAACUGUCGAGCGGUACUGAAGCAUGCAGAGUCUCGGAGAACUUGCAAGUCCGUCCUGUCUGUGGUCAAGAUGACGUCACUUCCUGCCUGGGAACAACACCUUCACCAGCAGUUGGACAGACAGGGGAGGGAGGGGAGGGAGAAGAGGGACAGUUCUCCCAGCACUGAAUGCGAAACUGACCAGGAAACUCCGCCCCCACAGAAGAAGUUGAAGGUCUGAAUGUUUUGUGUGUGUGUGUGUGUGUGUGUGUGAAUAUUGUGAUGUGUGUGUGUGUGUGUGUGUGUG